AUGUGCCAACUGUUGGACGAGCAAGGGGAGAUGGAGGUGAAGUGGGGCAGCGAAAACAUGGUGAUGACUGUGGACACCACCCCCCUCAACACGUUGACGUCUCAAGAAUUGGACCGCUUGAUGGCAGUGGCCCUACAACUGCAUCGCAAGUUCGGACACCCCUCCAAUCGGCUGCUGAUCAAGAACUUGAGGGCAAGGAAUGCAGACAGCAAGGUCAUUGCAGCGGUGAGUUUGUUGAAGUGUGAUGAAUGUCAAGAAGGAAAGAUCCGACUCCCAGCUCCGGCCGUGAACCUAGAGCGAACGGACAAACUGUGGUCGUGCCUGCAGAUUGAUGGUUUCUCGAUGCGCCUGGGGUGUCAAGUUCACCAUUUUGUGUUAAUGGUCGACGAAGCGUCCGGCUACUCCGUGAUCCGUGAGGCCUUCCGACAUCACGAAGACGAACAUCAAAACCUUUCAGGAGAACAACUGGUGGAUGUCCUAAGGGAAGCCUGGUUCUCCUAUUUUGGAUACCCGGAACGUCUAAAGAUGGAUCUGGAAGGGGCCCACCGAUCUACUGUUCUGUCGGAGGAAUGCAUCACCCACGGCAUCGAGAUCAUUGCAGCUCCUGCAGAACACCACCAGCUGAUAUCCGAAGUGGAGCGAACAAUUGGGCAUGUGAGGCAAAAGAUUGAGGUGUUCCUCAGAGAACAGUCCGUGGACCCGAAGAUCGCGGCCCUCACUAUGGUCAUGACUCACAACUCGCUCGCCCGAGUUCACGGAUUCUCUCCGUUACAAUGGACCCUCGGACGUGACUGGAGUCCGGGACUUCGACUGGUGGAGUCAACUGCGGAUGAGAUCUCCCAGUCCGAGACCAACCCCUUCGGUGCCCACCUAGAAGUGCGAGUAGCUGCCGAAAAAGCAUUUCUUGAACAUCGGGCACAUGAUGUUGCCUCGCGGGCCAAGAAUGCUAAGACUAGGGGGAGCACCCAGUUCCUUCCCGGAGACAUGAUUUACUUUCGACGCUUACAGCAUCCUGCCGACUUACCCGCAAACAGUAUGGUUGACCGCCCCCGUCUUCGUGUCGGUCGAUGGUAUGGUCCAGGCCGAGUCCUUGCUUGUGAGACCAAGGUGGAUGGACAGUUCAGAAGGCCGUCCUUGAUAGUUUGGGCCGUGGCGGGCGGUCGGCUGAAACGCUUUCAUGCUUCUCAGCUUCGACAUGCGUCGGAGGCUGAAAGGCUAGUAGCUGAGUCUACCUCGGCGGUGACUAUGCCCUGGACAAUGACAUCGCUGAGCAAGCUUAUGGCCAAGGGGACCUACGACGAUGAAGUUCGACCAAGGCGAAAACACUGGCCUCGGACCUCUAAGGAGAAACGACAGAAGGCCCGAAAAGGCCUACCUCAACGAGAACCACCAGGACUUCCGGUUCUCCGAGAACCUGUCCCGCGCCAGGAGGACUCCGAUGAGGAAUUGAUUUCAGAUCGGGAGAUGAGAAAACGCGCUCAUCCCGAGCCGAGCGCAACCAUGGGAGGCGAGAACGAGUGGGACCCAGAACGCCUACUCCAAGAUGUCGAGUACCUCCCCGACAGCUUCAACCCGGACUUCAGACAGCAACGUCGCACGCAUGAGCAGGAUGAUCGACCCUGGCAUGUAAGGCGACAGGACAACAUCGCCUACCUCAAUGAGGAAGAUGUCGAGCAGGGGAUCUUCUCGGCGGUGGUGGACAUUCCUGAGGACGAGAAGGCCUGGAAACGCAUCCUCAAGGACCCAGGAAAAUUCAUGUCCAAGAAGGUCCAGAAAGGAGUCGAGGUGGCAUGGAACCGACUCAACGAGGACCAGAAGGCCGCCAUGAAUGUGGCCAAGACUGCUGAGCUGGACUCAUGGAUUGCCAAGAAAGUAGUCAAGGCCGCAUGCCCCUCCAUCAAGCCUGAUCAAGCCUUGAGAAUGAGAUGGGUUUACACGUUCAAAAAUGCUGGAGAGGACCAACCGGGGAAGCUUAAAGCUAAGGCGAGGAUUGUGAUCCUUGGCUUGAGCGACCCCCAGCUGCUGGAGCAAGAUACUUCAUCGCCUUCGUUGUCUCGGUUGUCGAAGAUGCUCCUGUUGAAUGCGGCAACGGCAUACAAGUGGCGGGUGUUAUCCGGUGACGUAAAAACGGCCUUCCUUCAGGCCAAGUCUCCGGAACGACUUCACCCUCUCUACUGCCAGCCCCUUCCUGAGUUGGCCAAGAAAAUGAACCUCAAGGAGCACCAGAUGGUGGAACUGUUGGGAUCAGCCUACGGGCUGACAUCGGCUCCAAGAGAAUGGUACGUCGACCUGACCGGGACCAUCAAACGGAUGAAGAUUGCUCGAUUCGGCUGGACCACAGUCAACAAGUUGGUGAGGGAAAUACACAGCUCUCGCCAUGUAUCCAUCAAGGUUCAAAACCUUGGAGGACCGCCAGAAGAACUGUGCUUCAUCGGGUUUAGCGACGCCGCCCUCGCAAAUCGCCCUGGUGGCGGAUCUACGGGAGGUUUCCUUCUGGGACUGAUACAUCCCCGAGACCUUGAGAAGGGCGAAGGUCGCAUCAAUUUGGUGAGUUGGAGAUCAACGAAGUUGCAGCGUGUGGCUAGAUCCAGUUUAGCUGCGGAAGUCCAAGCCAUGAGCGAGCUCGAACAGGAGACCAUGUACGCAAGACUUACAUGGGCUGAGCUUCUUGGACAUAUCGUAAAUCCCGACCGACCGCGCGAGUGUGUUGUCAAGGUGAACGCCACCCUCAUCGUCGACGCCAAGGCCAUGUACGAUGUCCUGGAGAAAGGCGAGGUCGCUUCAUCGGCUUACUCUUUGAAAGACAAGUACACCGCCCUGGAGUUGCAGAGCCUCUCACAACACAUCACUGAACAAGGGACCAAUGUUCAAUGGUGUGACAGCGACCACCAGGCGGCGGAUGGCAUGACGAAGAGUCAGAAGCAAGACUCAGUACGCAAGUUCGUGAUGACAGGCGUAUGGAAGUUUCGCUUGGAUGGAGCUUUUAUCUCUGCCAAGAAGAGGCGAGCCAUGCACCACGAGUCGUCAAAGACGACAC